AUGGCAAACAAUAUGCAACUAUCUUUCUUGAACGAAAUCAAACCGCACAAAACUGCUUGGCGCAUUCAAGUGAAAAUCCUCCAUUCAUGGAGAUUCUUUAUGAAAGGUGUUGGUGAAUCUAUGGAACUCAUCCUAAGUGAUGCACAUGGAACAAAAAUCCAUGCCUCAUGUAAGAAGAUCUAUAUGGCUGAAUUGGCUAAGCAUGUUCGUGUUGGAGCGUGGAGAAACAUUGAUCAUUUCUGUGUUUCUGGUGCUGGGAAUGGUUCAUACCGAUCAACUGGUCACAAGUAUCGCUUAUUUUUUACUCACAGCACUAAAAUAACGGACUCUACCCACCGUGAUGAAAACAUGUUUCUUAAUAUUGUUGAUUUCGAUUCAAUACAAAGUGGUUUGCUUGAUUCGAACUUGUUGAUUGGAGAAGUCCAGAUCUCCAAUGCUUUCGAUAAAAGUCAGCUCUUUAUCAAUCCUGAAAUACCAGAAGCAGAUGAGUUUAAACAAAGAGAGUGUGAUGAUUCCCUAGCUUUAGCAAUAUCAGAAUCAGAGGACAACAAGCUUAUGUUGCAGAUGAAACGUGAUAAAUUGAUGCAGUUUCCACAAAAAAACAUUCGUGAGUUGUUUGAAUCUACCAAGGAUGAAAAGCUAUGCAGAAUUGUUGUCACAAUCUAUGCCAUUGACACUGAUUGGGGAUGGUAUUAUUUUGGGUGUCUAGAAUGCAACAAGAAGGUGUUUCCCCAUUCAAAAACCGUCAAGAAGUUAAAGUUAGCUCUGUCUCCCCAAGGGAUGGUGGGUUCUGAUCAUAGGCCAAUUGUGGCCUACCUCGAGGACAAAAUCCAAAAGCGAAGGGGACAAUUUCGUUUUGAUAAAAGAUGGAUCGGUAAGGAUGGGUUGAUGGAAUCCAUAGAGAAGGGUUGGGGAAAUUUGAUAGGAGGAGAUUCAAGAGGAACAUCGAAAGACUUUGUUUCCAAAAUCAUUAAUUGCAGGCAUGAUAUUUCUACGUGGCGUAAGAAUAAUCCUCCUUAUGGAAAUGGAAAAAUUAGUGAGCUUCAGAAGGCUCUAGAAGAAGUAUAA